GCAGCAAAGUGCCAGCCACAAAUGAUUUCUUAUUAUGCCUCACACCACUCGCUUGGGACCGACAAUUUUGCCAGCCCAUUAUAGUGAUUUGUAGCCAUAAGUCUAUUAUCACAUUAGCAAUGGUGUAUUUGUUGGCACGAAAUAUUUAAUAAGGGCUUCCACGAUUAGUCCGAAAGAAAUAUAGAGUAAUUACACGGCUCCCUAGUUUGGCCUUAACCAAAGAAAGGCAAUAUGGCGGGAUUAAGCUUGAGGACGAUUCCCAAAGUAUCUAAAAUCAUAGUAGUCGGCGAGAAAGGUGUUGGCAAAACAAAAAUAAUCGACCAGUUCAUCCUAAACACCUUCAUCGAAGACCACGACGGCCUAAUAUGGACCAACUACAGGAAACAAAUCGUCCUCGACGACCGCGUCGCCUUCCUCGACGUCUCAGAUACUAUCACCCCCACCGACGCCGAGAUGGAGCAGUACUUGCGCGCGGGAUGGGAGCACCAGAUCCGUCAUGCGGAUGCUGCGCUGCUGGUGUACUCGAUUACGUCGCGGGAGAGCUUCGUGAGGGUUACUGCGCUGAGGGAUGAGAUGCUUGGGGUUCCGGCUGAGAUGGGGGAGGAUGGAGGGGGUGGUGAGGUGGUAGGGGAAGCGAGGGUGAGGCCGAUCCAGAUUGGUUUGGUGGGGAAUAAAUCGGAUCGGAGUGCUGACAGAGAGGUCUCAGUCAAUGAAGGCGUUGAGCUUGCGAAGAGUCUGGGUUGUGGUUUUGUUGAGACGUCUGCUAAGGAGGGGUAUAAUAUUGACAAGGCUUUUCAUGACCUUGUUCGUGCUAUUGAUAGGGGACAAGGGAACGAGAAGCAGUGCAAAGAUCAGGGGUCUGCGGCAGCUGUGGGUGGAUUUCGCGGGAGGCUAGGGCGCCUUGCACGCUCACUUCGGCUUAAGAAAAACUAAGAAUAUAAAUAUAGUAUGUUCU